AUGGGUCGCUGGAUUGAAGAUCAUGGAGUCAUACACAACAUGAUGUUUAACACUGAGACAGGAUGGAAGUACUCCUUCAAGACCACACAGAACAAGACUGAGUGGUGGGACAAUGGCGUUCUCCCCCUCUGGAUCACAGCCCAGAGACAGGGGAGGAAGACUGCGUCAUUCCACUAUCCCGGGGGAGGUGCUAAAUACAAAGGUGAAGCUGUCCAGAGGUCCCUGGUGGAGUCUUACACUCACCCAGAUAGCAAUGAGACAGAGUGGAGGGAGAACAUUGAUAUUGUCAUGAACUGGUUCACUAAGGAAGACUUUGACUUUGUGACUCUGUACUAUGGAGAGCCAGAUAAUGUGGGACACAAAUACGGGCCCGAGACAGAAAAUAGAAGGGUAAUAAUUAAGCAAAUCGACAGAACCAUCGGGUACCUGGUAGAAGCCAUUGAGAGGCACGGCUUGACUGAGCACCUCAAUGUCAUCAUCACAUCAGACCACGGCAUGACUACAGUAAAAAAGAAGCCCAAUGUCACUGAGAUCCUCUUGACCAACUACAUCAAGUACAGGGACUUAGUCAAGUUUGAUAUUGUGGACUAUGGAGGCUUUGGGAUGCUUCUUUACCAAGCACUGAAGAAUGCACAUCCACACCUCCAUGUCUAUAAGAAGGAGGAAUUUCCAGAACGCUUCCAUUUUUCUAAGCAUGAGCGGGUCCUGCCAAUCCUAGUGUAUGCGGACUCUGGUUACAACAUCAAUGGGCGACUUAUAAUUUACUUCAACAAAGGAGACCAUGGCUUUGAUAAUGAUCUCGAGGACAUGAAGACCAUAUUCAGAGCUUUCGGGCCAAGUUUCAAGAAGAAUCACCUGGCUGAGCCUUUUGACAGCAUCCAUAUCUACCCUCUCAUGUGUAAGCUCCUGGGGGUCACCCCGGAGCCCCACAAUGGCUCCCUGGCAGUCACCCAAGAAAUGCUUGUGGACUCUUUCGACCAGCGACCAGAUGUCUUUUCCCUGCACAGUCGGCCUGGCAUAGAAUGCCGUCAUGCUUCUGCCUGCGGGGGCGACGAUUACGUCAUUGGCCUCUUCCCCCAAGAGCCCCUGAGGCCCCGGGAGCAGGGACCACUCUCGGCUUUUCUCACUGCGGCAUCCCCAGCGCCAAGCACGUGA